UGAUGGAAUGCCCUUUCGAUUAAAUAUUAUCAAUUAAAUUGCUAUGUUUAGAGGCAAAACACUCUGCCAAAACUGGAUUAGAAGCGCUUUGGCAAUUACAGCGCCUCAAACACAAUUACAUCGCAGUUGGCUAAUAGACGACAGAACGACAACAACAGCAGCACAUCCGCAGCAUCAACAUCAGCAGAAGCAACAUCAGCACCUGUUUCGUGGCAUGGCAACGGGUGGCGAAACAAAGGCGGAGACGCCAAAGCACACUAACAGAUUAGCAGCAUCGAAGUCGCCAUAUUUGCUGCAGCAUGCGCAUAAUCCCGUCGACUGGUAUCCCUGGUGUGAGGAAGCCUUUGAGCGUGCGCGCAGCGAGAACAAGCUGAUCUUCUUGUCAGUAGGCUAUUCCACGUGCCAUUGGUGCCAUGUCAUGGAGCAUGAAUCGUUCGAGGAUGCCGCCACGGCUGAGGUGAUGAACAAACAUUUUGUAAACAUCAAGGUCGAUCGUGAGGAGAGACCGGAUAUAGACAAGGUCUACAUGCAAUUCCUCCUCAUGUCCAAGGGCAGUGGGGGCUGGCCAAUGAGCGUUUGGCUAACGCCAGAUCUGGAGCCACUGGCAGCUGGGACGUAUUUUCCGCCAAAGCCGCGCUAUGGCAUGCCCUCGUUCACCAUGGUGCUGGAGUCGAUAGCUAAGAAAUGGGUGGCAGAUCGCGAUUCCCUCAAAAAAGCGGGCAGCACUCUACUGCAGGCCAUGCAAACCAAUCAGAGUGCUGGAACUAGUGCAGAAAUGGCCUUCGAGCGGGGCAGCGGCGAUGCUAAGCUGGCGGAGGCGGUGGCCGUACAUAAGCAGCGAUUCGAUCAGCAGCAUGCAGGCUUUGGCCGAGAGCCCAAGUUUCCGGAAGUACCACGACUCAAUUUCUUGUUCCAUGCCUAUUUGGUUACCAAGGAUGUGGAUGUGCUGGACAUGGUGCUGCAGACGCUGGAUCACAUUGGACGUGGCGGCAUCAAUGAUCACAUAUUCGGCGGCUUUGCGCGUUAUGCGACCACGCGAGAUUGGCACAAUGUACACUUCGAGAAGAUGCUGUACGAUCAGGGACAACUAAUGGCUGCGUAUGCCAAUGCCUACAAGUUGACCCGAAGCAAAGAGUUUCUGGGCUAUGCAGAUCGCAUCUAUGAGUAUUUGAUCAAGGAUUUGCGGCAUCCGGCAGGUGGCUUCUAUGCAGGCGAGGAUGCCGAUUCCUUACCUACCCAUGAGGAUACGGUCAAGGUUGAGGGUGCGUUCUAUGCCUGGACAUGGGAUGAAGUGAAGCAGGCAUUUCAAAAAGAAGAAUCUUGCUUUAAGGAUAUCAGUGCAGCACGUGCUUUUGAGAUUUACAGCUUCCAUUAUGACCUGAAGCCGUCGGGCAAUGUUUCGCCAUCCAGUGAUCCGCAUGGCCAUCUGACUGGCAAGAAUAUAUUGAUAGUGCGUGGCUCAGAGGAGGACACUUGCUCGAACUUCAACAUGGAGCUGGAGAAACUGCAGCAGCUGCUGCGGACAGCGAAUGAGAUAUUGCACAAGAUUAGGGAUCAGCGUCCACGUCCACAUUUGGACACGAAGAUCAUCUGUGGCUGGAAUGGCUUGGUACUCUCCGGCCUGGCAAAGCUGGCCAAUUGUGGCACGGCCAAGCGAGAUGCGUAUUUGGCUACGGCCAAGCAACUGAUGGAGUUUGUGCGCAAACAUCUGUACGAUGAAGAUGAAAAGCUGCUAUUGCGCUCCUGCUACGGAGCGGGCGUGGCGGAUGAUACGCUUGAGCAGAAUGCCACUCGCAUUGAAGGCUUCCUGGACGAUUAUGCGUUUCUAAUCAAAGGCUUGCUAGACUAUUACAAGGCCUCCUUGGAAAUGGAAGCUUUGAAUUGGUCCAAGACGCUGCAGGAGACACAGGACAAACUCUUUUGGGAUGAAGAUAAGGGCGCCUAUUUCUUUUCUCAGCAAAAUGCGCCAAAUGUCAUAGUUAGACUUAAAGAAGAUCACGACGGCGCCGAGCCCUGUGGCAACAGUGUGGCUGCUCGUAAUCUUACGUUGCUUUCGCAUUAUUACGACGAUCGGAAAUAUUUCGAGCGUGCUACGAAGUUGUUAAAUUACUUUGCCGAUGUCUCGCCCUUCGGCCAUGCCUUGCCCGAGAUGUUGUCGGCGCUGCUGUUACAUGAAAACGGCCUCGAUUUGGUGGCAGUGGUGGGUCCCGAUUCCGAGGAUACGCGGCGCUUUGUAGAAAUUGUGCGAAAAUUCUAUGUGCCGGGCAUGAUCAUCGUACACUGCGAUCCACUGCAUCCGGAUGCGGCAUGCAAUCAGCGAUUGCAACAGAAGUUUAAGAUGGUCAACGGCAAGACGACCGUCUACAUUUGCCAUGAUCGUGUCUGCCGCAUGCCAGUGACAGAUCCAGCCCAGCUUGAAGAGAAUCUGAUGGCCAACUUCUUCAAGGAGCGCAUCUAAACUAAGCCUCACUCAAUUGACAUUACUCGAACUAGUUGUUAGCAUUAUUAUGUUGUUAUUAGGGUUUAACAACAUUGUUAAAUUGUUUAGCUUCUAAAGCAUAUAUAUAUCUAUAAUCGGUAUAUAUAUAUAUUAAUCGGUUCUCGGAACAUGUAUUUUAGUCUGUA